UCCCUGGAAUCCCAGUAUGGCUUGGCUUGUGUGUCAGGCUGUCUGUGUUUAAAUGAACGAAUGCCUGGGACUACACCGAGCUGAGACCCUGCUAGGGAUCCUAUUACAACCUCUGGAUUUGCAAAGGCUCUCCUCCUGAGAAGGAUAAAGGUUCGAUGAUGUAAUGAUCGUGUUUUGGGAAAGAAGAUUACAAAGGUUUACAGUGCGUUAAUACUGAAGAAGCAGAAAAGAAGCAAACGCUGAGUGAGAAGAUUUGUGCUCCAUGCAGAAUGAGUUCUGCCUUGAGCGGAGAUGAGCGAAUUGAUUCUACACAAAUCAAAUGAUUACGAAUUUCCCAAAGACUCCAAUUUUGGCAAAUCCGAAGCUUUUAUAACGAAGUUAGCAUAUCCAACAAUGUGGUCAACGGAAUAACGUCAAAUUGCAACAUGCAAGACAAAGCAGACGGCUCUCCUUUAAGUACACGUUCAUGCUCUGCUAUUACAAUCAUUCCCGUGAAGGCAACGCAAAACUUUCCUGAUCUUGUGCCAACUCCAGAAGUGGAUUCUACUAAAGUAUGUGCAGGAAAGGGAGCUGUGACCCUCCGGGCAUCCACAUCUCAUGGGGACAUCCAGAAAAGUAGAUCCACAAUGGAGAUUGAGCUUUCGCCAAGUGAAUUGCCGACCGAAAGCGAGCCAGAUGAUAGGCCUCCUUCAGUAGCUGAAUCUAAUGGGGAUUCUCAGUCCUCCGCACUGGCUGCCAAAGGAUUUCGGAGCGUGCGUCCUAACCUCCCAUCUGAAUACAAGCUGCAGAAAGCUCUCCCUCCUCCAAUCCCUCCUCCUCCCAAAGAGGAGAGUUUUGCAUGGCGCCCACAUACUAACACUAAGUUUUGUUACCUAAAACCAGUGCCGAUUUUGGAUGGGCUUUACCUUAGUGCUCCCAAGCCCUAUACACCGCAUGUUACGGGUGCACCUCACUAUCCUGCCACCUGCGUCUCUGCUUUUAACCCAAAAAUCUCCGCCGACCACCCUAACAUCCCUGCGCCUCACUCUGAAGUUCAGCAUGUGGAUAGUAGUUCCCUGUUGCCAAACACGUCACCACAACACCAGCCCAGUGACUCAAGCGGCACGGUCAGAAGUGUUGCUGGAAUGAAUUUGAGUCAUGAGCCCAAAGCCGAUAAAAAGGUCAGCAGUCUAUAUGUAGCUUGUUUAUCUAACAGCACUGGCCCAGCUGCAUCUGAAAAUCCCACCAGCAUCGCACAUGACAGAACAGAGGGUGCUGAAUUGGGAGCUGAUGUAACUAAAUCACCAGCCACAAACAUUGUUCCUUCAAUAAUAGACACCGGAAAAUCCCCACCUCCCAUCCCUCCCAGACCAUUCUUUGACCCCGUCCCAAGUAAAGACUCUAUUAGAGAUGGUGAAAUAGAUACUUUCUGGAGUCAAUGUCCUCUUCAUCGAGAAAUGGGACGCACAGAGCCAGAUACACAGCAUCCUGCCGGUCGUGUCAACAUGACUGCAAAGGAACCCUACUAUACAUCAAAGCCUAAACAGGCCCCAGGGGCGCAGAGAUUCCAUGGCAUGGAUGCCACUUCAGUCACAGCUCAGCCUGAGGUUAUAGUAGUCCCACUCAUCCAGGUUAAAGUUGAAAGAGGGCAAGAAUCCACCUCGAGCACUCCACCGCCACCUCUUGUUCCUGCUGGCAAAUUCUCAGCCUCCCCAGAACUUGUCACCCCUAACUUGGCUUUUCCGACACUUGAUGAUUUUAUUCCCCCUCAUCUGCAGAAGGGAUCAAAUCCCAGCUCUCCCAGUUUUUUUUCUUUAUCAUACAAUCUACAGUCUUGCUCUCCGCCUCCUUCACUGGUUCCUCCGGUAGCGGAGGACUCACACAGAGUCUCGGGACUUGAUAACAGUGGAGCCGUCUUACACACAGAGCUGCUGGCAGAUGACCUUCCUGUUCCAAGCUUGAGCAAUGAUAAACCUUUCACCUUUGCUCCCAUAAGCAAACCUUCUGUGUAUCCAUCUACUACCAUUGUAAAUCCCACCAUAGUCCUUUUGCAGCACAAUAGAGAGCAGCAAAAACGGCUUAGUAGCUUGCCAGAUCCUGUGUUAGAUGGCUCUCCCAAUGAGAAAGCAGAGCCAGUGACGUUCCAGGAGAGAAAACGUUCAGAUAAUCCUCCAGAGCAGAAAACGUCAGUGGAGAAUACAAGAAGAGAGGUCCUCUCGCCCUAUUACACAGGAGAAAUGUCAUUAGAUGAAAUCGGCAUACCACUCCGGAACACUGAAAGAUCGAAGGACUGGUACAAGACCAUGUUCAAGCAGAUUCACCGACUUAAUAGAGAUACUCCCGAUGAAAACCCUUAUACCCCCACUUACAUAUUUCCUGAGCUUCCUGAAGUUAAACCUCAAGCAGAAGAUGAGGAUUCAGAUUCUUCUCCAAACUACGGACGGCAUUCAUAUAUAGAAGAUGGAAAAUCUCAAGCUUCAGUACCUCGUUCGAAGAGUGAGAUGGAUAACAUUGACAUGGACAAAAACGUCCGCAGAUCCAUCACAUUACCUCUACCGACUCGCUCUUCUUCACUGAAGCCAAGCCAUGAAAGGAAUGAUUGGGAUCCCCCAGACAAGAAGGUCGACACCAGAAAAUACAGAGCGGAGCCAAGGAGCAUUCAUGAGUACCAGCCUGGGAAAUCCUCUGCCCUCGUCAAUGAGAAGAUGACUCGGGAUAAAAGUCCAGAAGAGAUAGAUUUAAAGAAUGAACCUUGGUAUAAAUUCUUUUCGGAAUUGGAAUUUGGGAAACCGCCUCCAAAAAAGAUUUGGGAUUAUACUCCGGGGGAUUGCUCUAUCCUUAAAGUAGAGGAUAGGAAGACUGAGCUAGAGAAAGACCUCUAUCGGUACGAGUCUGAGUUAGAUGCAGAUAUAGAGAGAAUGGACAAGUGUUAUAAAGCUUCCAAUAAAAUGAACGCAGGAGGGAGCCGUCCGGACGACCUUCCAUCCUACUCAUACAUACCCAGCUACAACUUCAACUGCGCCAAAGAGACUUCCCCGGAGCCUCCGCUCUCCGAGAAUGAAAGGCAGAUCUAUAAAAAUGUUUUAGAAGGAGGAGAUAUUCCGUUCCAGGGACUGAGCGGCCUGAACAGACGCCCCUCCAGCUCUGCCUCCAAUAAAGAUUCAGAAUCUCCAAGACAUUUUACACCACUCGAAUACAUGGAUCACCCUGAAGAACUUGUGCGUAGGCGUUAUGACAGCAAAGAGAAACUUUUAGAGGAUCAGCGAAGACUUAAACGUGAGCAAGAAGAAGCUGAUAUUGCUGCUAGGAGGCACACUGGGAUUGUCCCAUCUCAUCACCAGUUUAUCACUAAUGAACGAUUUGGAGACCUCCUUAAUGUAGACGAUUCAGCAAAGAGGAGAUCUCGGUCUGAGAUGACACAAGCAAGAGCAAAGUUUGACUUCAAAGCACAGUCUCUGAAGGAGUUGCCGCUCCAGAAGGGUGAUAUAGUUUAUAUUUACAAGCAAAUAGAUCAAAACUGGUUUGAAGGCGAGCACCAUGGAAGAAUGGGAAUCUUCCCGAUUUCCUAUAUUGAGAUACUCCCACAAACCGAGAAAGCACAGCCACAGAAGCCUCCACCGGUGCAAGUUUUGGAAUAUGGAGAAGCUGUGGCCAAGUUUAACUUUAAUGGAGAUACGGCAGUAGAGAUGUCAUUUAAAAAGGGUGAAAGGAUAACCUUGAUCCGCAGAGUAGAUGAAAACUGGUAUGAAGGAAAGAUAUCUGGCACCAGCCGUCAGGGUAUAUUCCCGAUAACCUACGUAGAUGUCCUGAAGAGGCCACGUGUAAAAAAUUCACCCGAUUAUAUGGAUCUUCCAUUUUCAUAUUCCCCAAAUAGAAGCACAAGUGCUUCCCCACAGUCUCCUAGCUAUGCCAGGCCACGUACUACUACUCCACCUGAUGUCUCUCGCAGAGCUUUCUCUCCAGAAGUGCAGACUAUCACAUCUGAAUGGAUUUCCCUAACGAUGGGUGUUUCCCGCAAUAGCGGAUAUACCUCAACCCCCCCACUUCCUCCUUUACCCGAAGCCAUGCUUUGUGCCAUAGACUACAUAAGUCCCUCAGCAGCUGCCAGCCCUACCUUGUCUUUAACACCAUCUGUUAGCCUCCAUUACUGUAAUGUCUCCGGUAGAUCCACCCCGAACUCUGGCCUGUCUUCAGUGCUGACGUACCCAUCCAGGCCACAGUCUUCUACUAGAGUCAGUUAUGUCAUCUCUCCACACAGUGAUGAGAAGUUUGCCGGUUCAGCUUCCAGUUAUGGAGGCUCUCCGGUGCAGAUGACUGCACCUCAUGAUAUUCUGAUUUCAGAGCUUACUGAUGUCUUACGUAAUCAGCACACCCCCAAGAGCGAUGUUUGUUCAAUAGAAAAUGGUGAUCAUGACAUUUGGAAGGCAUCAAAUGGUAGAAUUAGAGACACCCAAGCAAUGCCACGUGUAAGUGGAUGUGCAGGAAUAGAUACUAAAGCAAACGCCCAUUCCUCUGACGAGAGCCAGUUGUGUAAAGUACAUCUUGGUAGUGUUGUCCAGGAGGAUUUGAAAAGACUUCAGGGCAGUCCCAUUAAGCCUUGCAGAUCUGACGGUGAACAAACAGCACCUAAAAGUCCUGUAAAGCUUACAGACUCCCCGGUUAAUACCCUGAACUCAAAUUCUUUUGUGCAGCCUCAUCAUACACUGACCACAGGACCAGACCUCACAGAGUCUGAAAAGAGCUAUGUGCAACCUCAGGCACAGCAGAGAAGGGACAGCUCAGAGAGGAGUCAGACGCCGCAAGACGCGUUUACCUAUCAGGCUUUGUACACUUACCUACCACAAAAUGAUGAUGAGUUGGAGCUUAGAGAAGGAGACAUUGUGGAUGUUAUGGAGAAGUGUGACGAUGGUUGGUUUGUAGGUACAUCCAGAAGAACCAAGCUGUUCGGCACCUUUCCCGGCAACUAUGUCAAAUCAGUGUUUUACUAAAAUGACAGUACACAGCUAGAGAAUUGUGAAGCUACUUGGCAUUGUGCAAAAUGAAGGCCGUUGCUGAAUGUAUUCGCUAUGCGGUUCUACACAAAGCGGUUUACACGUGUCAGUACUCUCUGAAAAGUGCAACUCUAAAUUUCUACCAAAAGGCAAUGAAGAGUUAAUCAGACAUUGAUUAGCAUACCGCCUUACGGUUCUUUUUCAUUUCAUCUUUCAUUUGAUACUGAUCUCGUACUGAAAGUGUACCUGUCUCCUACACAUAGCGCAGGCAGCCAUUUUGUAAACUGAAAUAUUUGUACUUUUCUAGGAUAUCCCUACAGAAUGGCUGCAUUGGUUGCACAAGGCGUGUUUUAAUUUUUUCAUAAAUAAUGUGCAAUUUCAGUCACUUCUAUUAAAAUAUUUUAUUUUGCUCAA